UUGCACUCAUAGAAAAUAUAAAGAUUUUUUUUUUUAAAAAUCCAUUUAACUGCUUAUUAUGAAUUCCAUACAAAUCUCUCAGGGUAUAAAUAGUGUUCAGGAACAAGUGGAAUUAUACAAUUUACUUCUUGCAGUCGCAGAACUAGCAACCAUGUUCAAGCUUUUCAUUCUCGCAUGCCUUAUGGCAGUAGCCUACGCCGGCGUCGUUGUACCCGCAGUUCCUGUACAUACUGCUAAAGUUGUUGCAGCUCCCGCCGUUGUAUGGGGCAAAGGUGGAUGGAGCAAUGGUUAUGGAUGGGGUAACAAUGGAUGGGGCAACAAUGGAUGGGGAAACAAUGGCUGGGGAAACAAUGGAUGGGGUGAUAAUGGUGCUUGGGGAAACAAAGGAUGGGGUAAUGCUGGAUGGGCCGGCAAUGGUGCUUGGGGCAAUGGUGCCUGGGGUAAUGGAUGGGGACAUGGUAAUGGAUGGGCCGGUAAUGGAGCAUGGGGCAAUGGAGCUUGGGGUAAUGGUGCUUGGGGAAAAGGCUGUGUGUCAGUAAUUCGUCUCAAUAUUGGAUAUAUAUUCUCUCUUCUUUUGUCAGCGUGUAUAGUAGCCAUUGCAUAUGGUGGAUAUGUGGUACCACAAUUGCAGCCAGUAACUACCAACUACGUUAGGGGUGUGGUUGUACCUUAUGGAGUUGGAGUUGGUCGUGUUGGAGUUGGACAUGUUGGAUCUGUAGUUGGACUUGGACCAGUUGGAGUUGGAGUUGGUCCUGUUGGAUCUGUCGUAGGAGUUGGACCAGUUGGAGUUGGAGUUGGUUCCGUUGGAUCUGUCGUUGGAGUUGGACCAGUUGGAGUUGGUUCUGUGGAUUCUGUUGUCGGAGUUGGACCAGUUGGAUCAGUUCGAGUCGGCUCAGUUGGACAUGGAGUUUUCGUAGUUGUCUUUGCCUGCCUUUUGGCUGUGGCUUAUGGAGGAGGACUCACCAGUCUUGUUGGACAAAGUCAUUUGGCUGCUCCCAUCAAAAUUCAAAGUUACAUUUCCCCCGCUCCAAUUAUUAAAACUCCCAUUUUGAUUCCCAAAAUUGCUGUUCAACCUCAAAUUGUUCACACAGCUCACCCAGCCGUUGUUGUUGGUCACGGUCUUGGUCUUGGUGGUCUUGGUGGUAUCGGUGGUCUCGGUCUCGGUCUUAACAAAGGACUCGAUUGGACACAGUUCAUCUCUUUCGCUGCACUUUUCGUAGUCGCCCAAGCUGGAUUCAUUGGUUCUCCAGCUGUGACUUACAAUGCUGCAGUUUCUGCACCACUUGCAAUUCAUGCUCCAGCAAUUGGAUCUUCUCAACAAAGUGUAGUACGCUCUUUAGAUGGAAAUUCGGCAGUUUCCCACUACAGUAAAGCCGUUGACACUGCUUUCUCAAGUGUUCGUAAAUACGAUACACGAGUGACCAAUGACGCUAAAUAUCUUCAAUAUGCAACUGCUCCCGUCUAUCAUGCUCCAGCACCAGCUGUUUACACUGCCGCCGCAGCUCCAGCUGCUUAUGCUCCAGCUUCAGCUUAUUAUGCCGCAGCUGCUCCAAUUGUAAAAACCGUGGCUUCAGCUCCUGCCUAUUAUACCGCAGCAUCUCCAAUUGUAAAAACCGUUGCUCCAGCUGCUUAUGCACCAGCACCAGCCUAUUACGCUGCACCAUCUCCAAUUGUAAAGACUAUUGCUCCAGCGGCUUAUGCUCCAGCAUCAGCUUAUUAUGCUCCUGCAGCGCCCAUUGUUAAAACCAUCGCCGCAGCUCCAGUUGUUGCUCACACGACAUUCACUGGAUUUGGUGCAUCAUACGCCUUCUAAUUAAACUUGAAACAAAAAUUUUAAUUUAUUUUGCCCUGGCAAUUAGUUCAAGAAUGAAAAUUUGUAAAUUUGUUACCCGUAAAAUUAUAUAAUGGAUUUCCAUAUUCUUCUGUUUCUAUGACUGAUCACAUAUACGAUUCAUCUCAUGAUGAAUAAUUUGCUUUUUCUAUUUAUUGAAUCGAAAAAUGAUCAAAAGUACUUUCUUUAAUUUUAAAGUACAUGUCAAUUUUUAGUCAAUAAGAAUAGGUUUAUUUAUAUUUUCGUCAUUGAAAUACAUCCUUAAAAAAAAAAACUUUUUCAAGCAUUUAUCCUUUUUCAUCCAGUCUAAAAAAUUAAAGAAAUAAAAUUUCAAUGCCAUAGUCAAAAAUCAAUAGACUAAAUCAAAAUAAUAUAAAUUAAAAAUAUUUUAUUUCAUUUUAUCAAGACACAAAUUGAAUUUUUAAUAAUCUCUUGGGUCGUUUAAAAAAAUUAUUGUAAAUUACAAUUCCAAAUGCAAUUUAAAAUAACCAAGACAAUUUUAUUAAGUUCAUAUAUUGAAUUUUAUAGACAAUGUGUUAUUUUGAAAAUGCACACACAAUGCAAAAUAAUAAUUUGAAUUACAAUAUUCUCAAUGUAUCUUCCACUUAAUCUAAACUUAAUUCGAAUUAAUCGAAAAAAAACCAGGUACAAUUUUUUUUUUUUUUUUUUUUUUUAUCGUCUGUCAUCAACAUUU